AUGGCAGAUUCAGUAAAACAAGAUGCUGAAGUAGCUAAAAAUCAAGUAACAGGUACUGAUGCUACAAAAGAUAAUGUUGAUGAAAAGAAAUCUGAAACAUCGAAAGAACCACAUCGAAAUAGUGUUGAACAAGACGUUAAAAGUUUUGUUGAUGCCGUUAAAGAAAAAGCUACCGAAGCAUACAACUACGUUGCUGGUGGAGAAGGCGAAGGAAAAGGUCUUGUUGGAACUGUAAAAGAAAAGGCUGCCGAAGCUUACAAUUAUGUUGCUGAAAAAGUUACUGAAGCAACACAUGCUGUAGCUGGUGAUGCUCAAAAAGAUGUAGCUAAGGAUUCCAAUCAAUCAAGUGGUACACCUACAAAUGUAACUGCUGAUGCUACUUCAAACAAGGUUGAUGAAAAAGCAAAUGCAGAUCAUAAAUAA